CACACCGCCGCCGCCGCCGGGCCCAGCUCCCCCAGCCCCGCCGCUUCCGCCGCCGCUCCGCCGCCCCGCCGGAGGACGGUCCCGCUGUGAAGAGCAUGGCCGUGACUGUAGAGAAGGCCCAGAAGUUGGGCUACACCUGCCUGAAAGCACUCCUCAGGUUCGCUUUUAUGGUCGCCAAUAACCUGGUUGCUAUUCCGUCCUACGUCUUGUAUUUAAUUGUGCUGCAGCCUCUCCGAAUAUUGGACAGCAAAAGCUUCUGGUAUAUCGAAGGAGUGUUAUUUAAAUGGCUUUUAGCUAUGGUGGCUUCCUGGGGCUGGUGGGCAGGAUACACAGUAGUGGAAUGGGGUGAUGAUGUCAAAGCAGUGUCAGAAGAUGAAGCCAUGGUGCUGGUGAACCACCAAGCGACGGGCGACGUGUGCACGCUGAUGAUGUGCCUGCAGGACAAAGGCACGGUUGUCCGUCAGAUGAUGUGGCUGAUGGACCAUAUUUUUAAGUAUACAAACUUUGGCAUUGUGUCUCUAAUCCAUGGAGACUUCUUUAUAAGACAGGGGAGAACACACCGUGACCAGCAGCUCGUGUUACUCAAAGACCAUCUAGAAAAAUAUUAUAGGAGCCGCAAUAGGAAGUGGAUUGUUUUAUUUCCAGAGGGUGGCUUUCUUAGGAAAAGAAGAGAAACAAGCCAGGCAUUUGCCAAGAAAAACAAUUUGCCAUUUCUUAAGCAUGUCACCCUGCCAAGACUUGGGGCAACACAAGUCAUUCUGAAGACGCUUGUAGCGCCACAAGAAAAUGGAACUCCACCAGCUGGAGAUGGUGUGAGAAGAGAGAGCAAAUCCAAAGGCCUCCAGUGGGUGAUAGAUACAACCAUUGCAUAUCCCAAAGGUGAACCUAUAGACAUCCAGACCUGGAUUCUUGGCUACCGACAACCAGCAGUGACACACGUACAUUACAGGAUUUUUCCAGUGAAGGAUGUCCCUGCAGAGCCUGAAGCUCUCACAAACUGGCUGUAUCAACGAUUCAUUGAAAAGGAGAACCUCUUGACACAUUUCUAUGAAACAGGAGCUUUUCCACCACCCCAGGGUCAGACAAAAGCGAUUUCUCGGGAGAUGACCCUCAGUAACCUGUGGCUGGUUGCCAUACAAUCAUUUGCAUUUUUGUCAGGAGGGAUGUGGUACUGCCUCUUUCAGUAUUUGUACCAUUGCCUAUUUUAAAAGUGGAAUGGGACCUGAGGACACAAUGGGAAUCCAGGCUCUUGCAAAUGAGUAUCAUAUUGUAUGUGCAAAUGUGAAUAUUCAAGAGUAAAGGAAAAUACUGGAUGGACUUUUACCUCUCUUUGGGGGAAUUUUAAACUCCACUAAAAGUGAAGAUCAGUAACCUAGUGACCUGAUGAUGUAUUAUUUUAAGAAUUGUCUGUAUUUUUAAAAAUGUAUACUCUCACCCACACUUAAGCAAAUUCAGCAUUUGGACAAAAGGUGCAAUCGUACAACCACCGUAGAAGAAUGUCUGUGACAAGAAAGCUUUGUCACCACAAGUAUUUCUUGGCAUUGUAGUUAGAGCUCAGAAAAUUCAGCAACUUGUCUCUUCAGUAGUGUGUACAGCAUUGGUGUGGUAGAGAUUCCUCAUUUGCACAACGUGUACUUUACUGCAGCUCACUGUGCUGGAGUCAGAAUCCUCAGCAGAGCUGUGGAGGUGUCCUUGUGGCUACGCAGUCAGCAGUUGUUGUAGCAGACACAUCGAUCUGAGCCCAACACCCAAAUAAGAUCUGGUGUCAGGUCUGUCCUCUGAGGCCCUGGUCCUCACACAAGCAUUGCAGCAUCACAGUGUGAUUAAAAGCUGUCCACGUGGGAUGAAUCAGCCCAUCCCUGCUGUGGUCUUGCCAUCAGCUCUCUGAGUUCCAUGUGCUACCAGUGUCUCGUGUUAUAGGGAAGCUUGGAAAAUACAAAGUCACUCGGUUCAAUUCCCUUUUUGCUCAGAAUGCAGCUAAACCCUCACCAUCAGUUUUGAAAAUGCACUUUCCAAGGUGAAAAGUCAGUGAAGGAAAGACAUAAAACGUAGGGAACAGAGGGAAGCUUUGUUUGUCACACAUUGGAAGGCAGAGCAAUUCUAGCUGUUUCUGAAGGUCUGCUGGUGCUGCUGGUGAUUUUUAGCCACAUUUGUAUUUUGUAUACUGCAGUCCAACCAAGGUGACCUUGGAGUGGUUUAUUGAGGCCUUUUUCUCCCCGCUAGUUGCAACAGUGCUAAACAUACUUGUGGGAGAGUUUCAAUAAUUAAAUGCCAACCAUCUUAAUGUUUUGCUAAGGAGAAAUAGAAGAAAAACUAGUUUCAUAAAAAGAAAAAAAAAGGUAAAAUUGCUAUCAUAAAUCUGUAGGAAGAUACUACUGAAAAAAUAAGUAUGGUAAAUAUUCUGAAUAACUACAUGGAGGGCAGUAUUAAUUAGCUCACCACUAAAAUCUUACUGGAAUAAGGAGGGGUUGAACUGGAGGGCAGAUGGGAACAGAGGACACUUUCAGAUGUGUAGUGCAGGAUCCUUUUGAAAGGAUGUCAGUGAUGUACAGCCUUACUUCUGGCAGGUCUGGUUGGCAUUGUGUUUAUGUGAUUAUGCACAGAUUUGCGAGAACGGUUCCUAAAAUAAAACUAAUCUCUCUAAAUACAGGCAGGGUAGCCAGAACUUCAGAUGUUGGCAUGCUGCCUUCUACAGAGUAAUUUUGUUGAGAACAAAGUAAGCCCUCAGUAGUUUUGGCUCUGAGCUAGCAAUAUUGAUUCCCCUUCUGUCUCCCUCUGCUGCUACAUGAAUCACAGGAGGUGGUGUGCAGAAUACAAAACCUUGCCAGUGUUCUCUUUCUGUGGGGGGGGCAAAGAGCAUACCAAAACACGAGGCAGUGCCAAUUUCCCCUGGCUUUGUGGAAAAAUACUUUGUCAAAUAUGCCAUCCCUGCCCCUCCCCAUGCAGCAGUGGUUGCUCAGUGGGGAUGGAUGCAAAAUGACACCACAGUAAGGUCCCCUGAAGUGGGUGUUCCCUGCCUGACUCCACAGGAGGCUGGAGGAAAAGUACAGUGGUUGCCAAUAGCUUGAUGUUUGAGGCAGGAUGCUGUUUAUAAAUAGCAUCUCUGCACCUGAAUUCUGGUGUAACCAUUAAAAAGAGGUAGCUGUGCCAUGAUAGGGAAGGGAGUCUGUGGAGUUUUGUUGUUUCAUGUUGUUCUUGCUGAAGUUCAGCUGAUGGAAUGAAUGUAUUUAAUCUGCCAUUUGACAGGGGGCUGUUGGGGCAGCCCAGCACUGCUGUGUGUAAGUGGUUGUUUCUGCUGCCCAUGGGACUGACUCUUUCAACUCCAAAAGGCAGGUGGCAAGCUACUUGCUGUCCUCCCCCAUGUAGUUCGAUCAGAGCCACAGAGAUGCCCAGAGUACAGCUCAUUUUAUUUUGAGCUAGGACAGACUGGACUGAUGCAAAAAGGGAAGUUUAUAUAAGCAGAAUGCACAGCAGUUACUCCCAUCAGGAGAUUGUUCCUUACAGACCCUGUGAACUCCAUGUAAGAGCAUCUUGUUUUGUCAAAUGCAGUAUUUUUAUUUUCCCAGUGGGUUGCAGUCAAUAGCAAGUGUUCCUGUGCUGCCUCAAGAAAUGAGCACUGCACAGUUGUGUUUCAGACAAGCGUUUGAUUGAUCUGGUCCUGUUCAUUUUCACUUUGUUCCUCUGUAGUUCUUACUCUUACAAGAGGUUUGUUUCCAAGCACUGGUUGUUGUUUCAGUAGGGUGUGGAAACAGUGUCAGUCCCAGGCUUCUCUCCUGCCUGCACUGGAAAUUGUGAAGAGCACCUGACACCACAGCUCUGUACGGCCAAGUUGUGGGUGACACCAGAAUGAAACUGUGGGAAAGCAACACCAGAGGAGCCUCCCAGCAUGAUCCUGGAUGCUGCUUCAUGAAAGAUAAUAAAUUGGAUAAAAUAAGUUUUGCUAUGAAGGGAAGAAUGUAAAAUGGAUGCAAUAUGUAGGAAAUCCAGUGCUAAAAAUACCGUGCUGGUCCAGACUGUCUGGAUCUUAGCAGGUGAGUCUGUAAAACACAAAUUUCUGUAUUCUGCAUUCUGGGCAUUUUGCUGCACCAUCCAUGGGUUGCCUCCUCUGGAGAGUUCAAAAUGUGUUUUGCUAGAAACAUGAAUGAGCUGAACAGUUGAUCACAAAUUAAUAUCACAUUGAAUUUGUUUUAGGGGAAAAAUAAUGGAAAAAUGUGUAAAAUUAUCAAAAAUGAAAAAUUCACAGAAAAAAUUCCAACUGAAAGCUGUUGCACACAGAAGUGAGAACAGAGCAAUUUGAGUGCAUUGCAGAUAAUAAGAAUAAAGAUGGUUCUGUGCCAGGGUUGCCCACAAAACAUCUCCACGUUUCUAUGUUUAAUUGUUCAUAAAGAAGUUGUUAGAGUUGAAGUUGUGUCAGUCCUCAUGGUUUAGCUUUGCUGCUCUGUGAAUCCCAUGAUGUGAAGAGCACCUGUCCAUCCACACCAAGCAGUUUCCUCAGUGCCCUGGGGUGAGUGCGCCGUCAUUGCAGUCUCACUUGGGUUCCAUGUGUGGUUCUGUUGAAUCUUGCCACAGUUGUGUUUCUUUUUCUUCUUCUUUUUUUCUUCCUUUUUUAAAGUUGCUAUCACCAGAUGUUGAAAAGUGAAAUUUCAGUUUACCUUGAUUUCCUGGAAAAUGAAAAGCUUCCCUCUCCCUCCUCCCCCAGCGUCACAAAUAAGGCGCAUCUUCUUGCAGUAAAAAUAAAGCGAUCACUGUGGUACUGUUCUUGUUCACUUGGCUUGCAGAUGGUAGAACUUUUCUUUGUGUGACACUGCCAUAAAGUGCUGUUAACUUUUCUCACCUGUUUGUACAAGAUAAUAACAGAUACCGAUCACUGUGUGUGACAGGAUUCAACUGCUCCGCUUUGCCUUGACGUAAAUUUUGGGACCAAAGGUACCUAAAACUGGGAUUUCCAAACCACGAGCCCAGGCUUGGAUGCAUUCUCUUGACAGACAGCUGAAGAUUUUGUGGUGAUCUGAUACAAUCACACAAAAUAGUUAUACAUCUGGGGUUCUGUGUUUUUUGGAAAUAAUGGAGCCAUAUGAAAUAAAGGGUUAUUUUGCAAAAUUGCAUACUUGAUAGUUUUUACACUUCUUUUAAAAAAUAAGUGGGAAGAGCAAAAUGGAAACCAUACUCUGGUUCAAAAUGUCUGCAUACAUUAGAAAUGCUUCUGAGCAGCUCUGCUUUUUCUGUAAGAGCUGUAGACUGCCUGGCUGUGAUAGAAGUCAUCAUUGGAAGGACUUUCUGCAUUUUAAAGUUAGACCUUUUAUUUUAUCAUGAGAUAAUGAAGUAAUUAUUCACUGAACAACUGUCCUAUUAAAAUGAGCUAGUUACUUAAAAUUACUCCACCAUGAUGUUCAUACUGUAUGAUGAAAAGGGUUUUUUUUUUAUAGCAGUUAUCUUCACCUCCAGUUUUCUCCUUCCCUUCUCUGUUACUUGCAUUUUUGUUUCAUGUGAUAAAAUGUGGAAACCUGGAGUGACAGUCAGUGGUUUUGCAAAGGGCUGGUGAUGUUUGGAAUUAUUUUGCUGAAUUUAUUUCAUUGGGUAUUUUUUUAUAAAAUCUUUCCAGUAGCCAAGAUGUCUUUCAGAAAUGUAGAAAGAUACCAGAAGCAGCAUUUCUCUUUCUUUUCCCUGGGCUGGGGUUUUUUUUUUUGUUUCAUUUUGGUUUGGUUUUUUUCUUGUUUUGGUUUGUUUG